UUGUUACGAAGUCUGCAUUUGAGGGCUGGGGCAAACUACUAUAUAUAAUCCCCAACGGAAACAUGAAAUAAUUCACCUUCUUUUUUUUUCUUCUUCUUCUUCUCCUCGAAUCACUCACGCAUUUCCCAUCUCUCUUUUUCUUCUGUUAAACAAAACAUUCUCUCCUAUUUUUGAGGGAGAAAUUGUUUGGAUCUGUUCCGUUUACUCAAAGAAGAAUCAAUGGCACCUCCUCAACAGAAGAAUGUCGGAAUCCUCGCCAUGGAAAUUUACUUCCCUCCUACUUGCAUUCAGCAGGAAGUAUUGGAAGCUCAUGAUGGAGCAAGCAAAGGGAAAUACACAAUUGGUCUUGGACAAGAUUGUAUGGGCUUUUGCACUGAGGUUGAAGAUGUUAUAUCAAUGAGUUUGACAGCUGUUACUUCCCUUCUGGAGAAGUAUGCUGUUGAUCCAAAGCAAGUUGGUAGACUGGAAGUUGGAAGUGAGACUGUUAUCGAUAAAAGCAAAUCCAUCAAGACGUUCCUGAUGCAAAUAUUUGAGAAAUGUGGGAAUAGUGACAUUGAAGGAGUUGACUCAACUAAUGCAUGCUACGGUGGAACUGCUGCAUUGUUCAACUGUGUGAAUUGGGUGGAGAGCUCUUCAUGGGAUGGACGUUAUGGACUUGUUGUAUGCACAGAUAGUGCGGUCUAUGCUGAAGGACCUGCUAGGCCAACUGGAGGAGCUGCUGCCGUUGCUAUGCUAAUUGGGCCUGAUGCCCCUAUUGUUUUUGAAAGCAAGAUCAGGGCUAGCCAUAUGGCUCAUGUCUAUGAUUUUUACAAACCUAUCCUAGACAGUGAAUAUCCAGUGGUUGAUGGCAAGCUUUCACAAACUUGUUAUCUCAUGGCACUUGAUGCUUGCUACAAGAGCGUAUGCAACAAAUAUGAGAAAUUGGAAAGCAAGCAGUUUUCGAUUGCUGAUGCAGCCUACUUUGUGUUCCAUUCACCGUACAACAAGCUUGUACAAAAGAGCUUUGCUCGGCUGUUGUUCAAUGAUUUUUUGAGGAAUGCUUGCUCUAUCGAUGAAUCUGCCAAAGAAAAGCUUGCACCAUUUUUGUCCCUAAGCGGUGAUGAAAGCUACCAAAGCCGUGAUCUUGAGAAGACAUCCCAGCAAGUUGCAAAACCAUUUUACGAUGAGAAGGUGCAGCCUACCACAUUAAUACCAAAACAAGUUGGCAACAUGUACACUGCUUCUCUGUAUGCUGCUUUUGCAUCACUCCUUCACAAUAAGCACAACACAUUGGCUGGACAGCGGGUAAUGUUGUUCUCCUAUGGUAGUGGAUCAACUGCAACAAUGUUCUCACUCAAGCUUAAUGAAGGUCAACAUCCUUUUAGCUUGUCAAACAUUGCAAGCGCGAUGAAUGUUGCAGAGAAGUUGAAAUCAAGACACGAGUUGGCUCCUGAAAAAUUCGUCGAAAUAAUGCAACUAAUGGAGCAUAGAUAUGGGGCCAAGGACUUUGUCACAAGCAAAGAUUGUAGCCUUCUAGCUCCAGGAACUUACUACCUCACAGAGGUUGAUUCCAAGUACAGAAGAUUCUAUGCCAAGAAAGCUACUGAGAAUGGACUGGCAAAUGGUCACUGAAGAUAGUCCCAGCACCUAAGGGUAACGCCACAAAUUUGCUUGUGCUCUUUUAGUUGUCAGAGCAUAGGGAAUAAUGUCCUAGUAAAGUUGUUUCUAUUUAUAUAGUGUCUUUUGUUGAUUAGCUUCAAUGCUUUUCUUUUUUGUAUUUCAUUUUUUUUCCAAUUAAAGUUUACUAAUUCGAUGUUUAUUGUGUUUGUCUUAGAGAUUGUAGAUGAUUGACAAAUCAUCAAUGUAAUCUUGAUUGAAAUUCAAUGAGUAGAUUUUCUGACCUCUGCA